CACCGGAGCGGACGGCUUGCAAAGUUGCGGCUCAGCUGAAUGCCAAACUGAGAAAACACAACGAGGUUUCGACUAAAGGACGGAUUUACCUUUUCAUUUGACUACACCUCAAAGGAAAUAAGAGAGCGCCGGACAAUCUGGAUUAACUCACACCAUUGCCUCUAAAUGGACUCUCUCGGACUCAAACGACCGAGGACGAUCUUUGACGAGAAAAGGACGCACUUCUCAUUAUAAAUAUGAUUAUUGUGUUUGUUUAAAACGCCACCAGCUUGGGAAAUUUAAGUGAGGAUGACCGCCCUCAUGAGGAAGGUGCAGCAGGUGCUGUGCGUCCUGCUGCCGUUUGCUCUCCAACUCUGCAGCGCGCAGACACCAGAAGUGGCUGUUUGUUACGGCACACAGAACGCUCUGAGCACAACGGGAAAUUCAGACAUCCAGUACAACCUGAUGAAGAAGAUGUACACCGGCUGUGAGAUUGUGAUGGGAAACCUCGAGAUUACCAUGAUGGAACACACCAGAGACUUCUCCUUCCUAGGGUCUAUCAGGGAGGUGACAGGCUACAUCCUGUUCGCCCUCAACAGGUUCAGCCGCCUUCCUCUGGACCAACUGCGCGUCAUCAGAGGCACCACGCUGUACGAGAACAAGUACGCUUUAGCCGUAUUGAUCAACUACCGGAAGGACGGGCAGCAUGGCCUGCAAGAGCUGGGCCUGACACACCUUACAGAGAUACUGGAGGGAGGAGUCCAGAUCAUCCAGAAUAAGUACCUGAGCUACGCCCCCCAGGUGAACUGGCUGGACAUAGUGAAGGAUGGAACAGCUCAUAUUAUGAUUGAGGAAAAUGGGCCUGACAAGCCUUGCAACGAAGCAUGUGACGCUCAGUGUUGGGGUCCGGGAAAUGACACAUGCCAAAUCUUGACAAAGACUGUGUGCGCCCCGCAGUGUAACGGCCGAUGCUUUGGUAGAAGCCCAAGCGAGUGUUGCCACAUUGAGUGCGCUGGAGGCUGCACUGGACCCCUGGACACAGACUGCUUUGCUUGCAGAAACUUCAACAACUCGGGCUCCUGUGUGCCUCUGUGUCCCCAGACCCUUAUCUACAACAAGCACACAUUCAAACUGGAGCCCAACCCCAAUGCCAAGUACCAGUAUGGCUCCAUCUGUGUGGCCCAGUGCCCCGCAAAUUUUCUGGUGGAUGGCAGCUCAUGUGUCAGCACUUGCCCGUCUGAUAAAAUGGAGGUGGAGAAAAAUGGAUUGAAAAAAUGUGAACCAUGUGGAGGCCUCUGUCCAAAAGCUUGCCACGGCACAGGGAGUCCAACCCGACAGACUGUCGAUGCUUUUAACAUCGACAGUUUCAUAAACUGCACUAAGAUCCAGGGCAGUCUGCACUUCCUGGUGACUGGAAUCAAUGGUGAUGAAUACAACGAUGUGCCACCCCUCAAUCCAGAGAAACUGAAAAUCUUCAACACUGUGAGGGAGAUUACAGACAUCCUCAGUAUCCAGUCGUGGCCUAAAAACAUGUCUGACCUGUCCGUCUUCUCCAACCUCCAAACAAUUCAGGGCAGGACACUUUACAAAGGAGUGAGCACAAAAAGGGGCUACUCUCUCCUGGUGAUGAAGAUCUCCUCUUUGACCUCCCUGGGGUUACGCUCGCUGCAAAAAAUAAACGACGGUGGCGUCUACAUCACGGGUAACAAGAAGCUCUGCUACCAUGACACUGUCAACUGGACGCGUAUCUUGAGCAGCAGCUCCCGCCAGCAGCGACGCCAAAAGCAAAUUGACAUUAAGGACAACAGACGAAGAAAUCAGUGUGUUAAUGACGGCCAUGUGUGUGACCCCCUGUGCUCUUCUGAUGGCUGCUGGGGUUCGGGGCCAAACCAGUGUGUGUCUUGUAAGAAAUACAGCAGAGGAGGAACUUGCGUGCCAGACUGCAUGUUCUUAACCGGGGUGAGGCGGGAGUUUGCUUCUCCUUCAGGGGAGUGUAUGCCAUGCCACCCUGAGUGUAAGGUCCAGGCGGGGAAGGAUACUUGCACAGGCCCAGGAGCAGAUCAGUGUGUAGCCUGCGCCAACCUGCAGGAUGGCCCACACUGUGUCUCCUCAUGUCCUGAGGGUGUCAUGGGAGGGGAGGAAGUCAUCUUUAAAUACCCCAACAAGCAAGGCCGCUGUGAACCGUGCCACGUCAACUGUACCCAAGGGUGCUUCGGGCCAGGAAUUGGAGACUGUGUGGGGUCAUCCCGGUACAUUUCUGGACAAGCGACCACAGCCAUCGUACUGGGAGUGAUUGCUGUUCUCUUCGUUUCAUUCUCUGUUUUUAUGCUGACUGUUCUGUACCGCCGAGGUCUUGCCAUUCGCCGAAAGCGAGCUAUGAGGAGAUACAUGGAGAGUGGAGAGAGCUUUGAGCCUCUGGAUCCCGGAGAGAAAGGGGCUAAAGUCCAGACUCGGACCCUGAAGCCCACAGAGCUGCGUAAGAUCAAGCUGCUGGGUCACGGAGUGUUUGGAUCAGUCUAUAAGGGCAUUUGGAUUCCUGAGGGUGAUACAGUGAAGCUUCCAGUGGCCAUAAAGGUGAUUCAAGAUCGCUCUGGACGGCAGACCUUCAAUGAGAUGACAGAUCACAUGUUGACGAUGGGAAGCUUGGACCACAUGAAUGUUGUCAGGACCCUGGGUAUCUGUCCCGGUGACAGCCUGCAGCUCGUCACUCAGCUCAACAGUCAGGGCUCUCUGCUGGAGCAUGUAAGGAACUGCAAGAACAAACUCAGCCCGCAGAGGCUGCUCAACUGGUGUGUUCAAAUUGCAAAGGGUAUGUAUUACCUGGAAGAGAACAGGGUGGUCCACAGGAACCUGGCUGCCAGAAAUGUGCUCCUGAAGAAUAACUACACCGCCCAGAUCUCCGACUACGGCAUUGCAGACCUGCUUUACCCUGAUGACAAGAAGUACUUUUACAAUGAGCUCAAGGCACCAAUCAAAUGGAUGGCUUUAGAGAGCGUCUUGUUUCGCAGAUACACACAUCAGAGCGAUGUCUGGAGUUAUGGUGUGACAGUAUGGGAGAUGAUGUCCUAUGGGGCAGAGCCAUAUACUACAAUGAGUCCACAAGAAGUUCCUGAUCUACUGGAAAAGGGCGAGCGUCUGUCCCAGCCUCAUAUUUGCACCAUUGAUGUCUAUAUGGUCAUGGUCAAAUGUUGGAUGAUUGAUGAGAAUGUCCGUCCAACAUUCAAAGAGCUCGCAAAUGAAUUUACCAGAAUGGCCAGAGACCCUCCUCGCUACCUGGUGAUCAAAGAGGACUGCAGCCAACAGGACACAGCCCCGGAUGAACUUGCCCAGCGGAGUGCAGACCUGGAUGAACUGGAUGAUGUAGACAUGGAGAUGGUGGACCAGGAGGGGGAGGGGGUGGUAGAUGGUCUGACUCCAGCUCCCCACUACCUGUCUCAGUCCAGGAGCCUCAGCCGCCUCUCAAGGCUGGACACUCACAGAGUGGUUCUUACUACAAACAUGGCUGGAUACCUGCCUAUGACCCCAGGUGUUGACAUCCCAGGACAGGCCAUGUGGCAGUCCCGCUCUCGUCUAAACUCAGCCCGCACUGUGUCUGAAAGCUCAGAGGGCUGCGGCACAACUGUGGAGCUGGAGAUGAGUGAGGACUUUUCUCUGACAGGGAGCCUGAAGAGACGACGUCAUCGCGAGGACAGCGCUUACUUGUCGCAGAGGGACAGCAUGUCUGGCGGACCACCAGAGACUCCAUCACCAGAGAUGGAGGAAGAAGACCAGAAUGGAUAUGUGCUUCCUGGAGACAGCCCAGAAAGAGAUACCCUACUCUCCACAUCUCGAGCCACUGCUGGCAGGAUGGGCAAGUCUCAUUCAUCGGGCCUGUUGGACGACCCAGAUGAUGAAGAAUACGAGUAUAUGAACAAGCAAGUUUCGCCGAGGCACAACAGCCGCAGGCUGAAACCGAACAAGAAGCGCACCUCCUCCGUAUCGUCACAAGUGACAGCAUGCUCGAGUGUUUCCACACCAUCCGUGGAGGUCAGGGGAGGUCACACGAGGAGCAGUCACAACUCCGACUCUGAGCAGCAAGGAUCUAAUGAAGUCGAGUAUGAAUACAUGGACAUCAGGGGUAGUGAAAAAGAUGAAAGCCCUCCAGCGCAUGACCCUCCUCCUCCUCCUCCUCCUCCUCUGACACCAGCAAGGAUGGGCAAAGAGGCGGAGGAUGAGGAGCGGGAGGAAGAGGAGGAUGAUGAAUAUGUGGAGGACAGUAACUAUCAUUACACAAACAGACAGCCGAAGCUGCGACAGGCUCUCCAAGACAGGAAGGAGCUGACAAUACAAGGAAGGGACGAGGGGGAAGCGUAUGAGUACGAGGACAUGGACUGCUUUGCUACUCUGCGGCCUGACGACACAGUGGUGUACCAGAAUUUGCAGAGAGAAAGGGAGGGAGCCGUAGGGCGCUCAGAGGCACGUCGAUCUGGGUUUGAACCCUACGUAAAAGUGCGAGCUGGAGUCGGAGUUGGAGAACCGGCAGCCGGUGACAGAUCUUUUGACAAUCCAGACUACUGGCACAGCAGGAUGUUCCUGAAGCCCAACGCAGUGCCUACAUGAAGAACAUUUUAAAUCUCAUCCCUCUGAGAUGUAUUCAUGAAGGACCCGAAAUCAAAAGCCAUAUCAAUAAUGUAGCCUAUGACACAAUUUCAAAACUCUCUCACAGCUUUGUUGUCUGCUACAGGCUGACGUUAUGUCUCGUAUUUAGGCCUGUGAUUCAGGGCAUUUCCAGAAAUAAUAGCACUGAGUGUCGAAAACACUAAAAGCAAUCAACAGAUUACAAGCUAUAUAUUUUUCUGUUUACAUUUUGAAAUGAACAAAGCUUGUUUCAAAGAACAACAAAGUUUGGACUUCUGAGACCUCUUUCAAUGAUGAUAUAUGAAAUACAUUUUCUACUCAAUAAAAAUAUUUUGAAUAGCUAUUUUGAAGCACCAACUUUUUUUAUUUUAACAGACUGCGUUACCACGUGUGUAAAACGUUCCACAGUUGGGUUUAUUGAGGAACAUGGAAAUUAAUAUUGACCAAAAUACAUAUGAACAUUUGGUGGUCAUAGUACAAUUUCUGUAAAUUUCCUCUUGUGAUCAAUAAAUCUAUUUCCAGAGCUUUCAGCCACAUCUCAUGGCCUUCAUCAGGGAAUUUGUUUUAUGUUUGUUCAGUUUUUUGUGACCUCAGAAAAGAAAAUAGGUGGUUUAAUUUUGUUUUCUUCUAUUGUCUAUUUGCUAUUAUUACCUUAUAUUCUUCCAAUUAUUGCAUGUAUAACAAGGCCAGAUCAACCACCAGGGGGACACGGGCAAAAAUGAGCAGUGAGCCCUACUGACACACUAUUCCUCCCGCUCUCCAUGAACUGUGUAUCCAUCAAAUAUCCAUCAUGUAUGGCCCACACAGAGAUUUUAUUAUAUUUUGCCUAUCAACAGAAACCAGUACUUAUAUGCUAAAAUACUGUCUGCAGUCCCUCACUUUCACCUCUACUCUACUAAUGAAUUUAAAUACAAAUUUAAUUGAGAAUGUAUACCUUUAUUACAUUUAAUAAAGAUAUUAUGAUGCAUAUUCCAAAACAAAUUUGCAUUUUCACUGUGGAAUUAACCAGCCGAUACACUGUUGCCCACUUUGAC